AAAUUAUUGAUUUAAAAAAGGGAAAAAAAAGUGUGGAGUAAAGAAGUAUGAAGAAGCCAAAUACCAGACAUCCUUAUAAGUUCCUCUCUUCACUUACUCAUUUUUCUCACCCACUUCUCUUUUCCAACUUCUUUCUUCUUCUUCAAUUUUCUUUUUUUUUUCUUUGGUUGAAUUUCAGUUUAAGAAUGGUGUUAAAGAAGGCGAAAAUUGUGAUUAUUGGGGCGGGAAUGGCGGGGCUCACGGCGGCGAAUAAGCUCUACACGACGGAGGGUUCGGAAGAUUUGUUUGAUAUCUCCGUCGUGGAGGGCGGCGGAAGAAUCGGCGGCAGAAUCAACACGGCCGAGUUUAUGGGCGAGAGAAUAGAGAUGGGUGCCACGUGGAUCCAUGGAAUCGGCGGCAGCCCACUUUAUAAAAUCGCCGAUGAAAUCGGUGCUCUUCACUCCGACCAGCCAUGGGAGUGCAUGGAUGGCUACUCUGGCCAAUCCACCACCGUCGCAGAGGGCGGCGUUGACCUUUCUCCGGCCACCGUCGACCCCAUUUCCGCUCUCUUCCAAAACCUCAUGGAUUUCGCUCAGGGAAAAAUCACCGGCGACUCCAACAUUUUCCAGCAAUCUAAUUACGACAAACUCAGCGUUGGAGAUUUUCUCCGGCGAGGCCUUGAUUCGUACUGGCUUUCUAAAAAUGGCCAAACAGAGCUCAAUGGGUGUAAAGAAUGGAGCCAAAAAUCUCUCGAGGAAGCCAUUUUCGCCAUGUAUGAAAACAACCAAAGAACUUACACCUCCGCCGGCGACCUCUCGACGUUAGAUUUCAUCUCUGAAAGUGAGUACCAAAUGUUCCCCGGCGAAGAAAUCACCAUUGCCAAAGGCUAUUUGAGCGUAAUCGAAUCAAUCGCCUCUGUUCUUCCCCCUGGUUUAGUCCAAUUGGGCAAAAAAGUUACCAAAAUCGAAUGGCAUCCUGAGCCUAAUCCUCGUAAUAUUCCAACGCCGGUGACGCUUCAUUUCGCCGACGGCUCCCACAUCUCGGCCGAUCAUGUAAUCAUCACCGUUUCACUCGGAGUCCUGAAGGCCGGAACUCAGCCAGAUUCAGCUCUGUUUCAUCCUCCCUUACCAUCGUUUAAAAGACAGGCGAUUUCCCGGUUGGGAUUCGGCGUCGUCAACAAGCUAUUUCUCCGGCUAGCUCCGGUCACCGACAACGGCCAAGAUUUAAAGAGAACCCACCAAUUUCCUUGCCUGAAUUUCGUUUUUCACCAGCCGGAUUCCGAGUUCCGGCGGAAAAAAAUACCAUGGUGGAUGAGAAGAACCACCACUCUCCGACCCAUCUAUCAAAAUUCGUCAAUCUUAUUAUCUUGGUUGGCCGGAGAAGAAGCACUUCACCUCGAAAAACUCAAAGACGACGAAAUCAUCAAUGGAGUUUCAACAACCAUCAGAAACUUCCUGAUUCACAAAUCCCAAAACGAAAAUUUAGAAUCAGAUUCCACUUGCUGUAACAACAUUAACGGCCACCGAAACACGAACGAAAACGUUGAAUUCAGUUUCAGCCAGGUUUUGAAGAGCCAAUGGGGAAGCGAUCCUCUGUUUUUAGGCUCAUAUUCAUACGUUGCAGUGGGAUCAAGCGGUGAAGAUUUGGACGCCAUGGCAGAGCCAUUGCCAAGAACAGAAGAAUCUUCAAAAGCUCCAUUACUUCAGAUUCUGUUUGCAGGUGAAGCAACUCACAGAACCCAUUAUUCAACAACUCAUGGAGCUUAUUUCAGUGGCCUUAGAGAGGCCAAUAGAUUGCUUCAUCAUUACAAUUGCAUUUGAAUGAAUUUCUCAAACUCAUCUUUUUUUUGGGGGGGGGGGGGGCCGUGGUGUUAAGAAUGGGAAAAAAAUGGUAUUUAAUAUUACUGUGAGAUCAUUCUACAAAUUAUCAUCUUGAAUCAUGUCAAUAUUUACUUCAUCUCUCUCUUUCAAAGUGGGUUUUCAGUAGAAAGGAAAUUAAGGAGCAAAAAAUUGAGAGAGAUGAAGACUUUAUUAGAUGUUCUUCAUGAAUUAAAGUUGAAAGCUUGAUUGAUUUACUA